AUGGCGCCCAUCAGCCGCCGUCUCCUCCCGUCCGCCGUCCUGCUCGCCGCCAUCGCCAUGGCCGCCGCCAGCUACUGCGUGCCGGGGCAGGCCAUCCCGCUGAGCCCGCUCCCGGGCUGCCGCUGGUACGCGGCCAGUCGGGCCUGCGGCGGCGCCGGCGUCGCGCUCGCACCCCUCCUGCUCCCGGUCCCGCUGUGGCACGUGAAGGACGCGUGCUGCCGGGAGCUGCGGCCGUCCCCGGCGGAGUGCCGGUGCAGGGCGCUGCGGGCCAUGGCGGAGGAGACGCCGGCGGCCGUGGUGGGCCGGCCUGGGCUCGCGCAGGCCCGGUUCGCGCCCACCGUCGUCGCGGAGACCGAGUGCGGCCUGCGCACCGUCCACGGCAUCCGUUUCUGCUACGCGCGCGGCGCCGAGGACAACAACGACUGA